ACACAUUUCCUGUUUAUCUAGCUCAGCCGUAAGUAGUUUCCAUUAGUCGCGCUGCAGUGUCCGGUGGAUGUAGGUGAGGGAAAGUUUUUCUGUUCGUUGUUGCAGUUGGCGUUCAUUGUUUGGAAUAAGUCAAGUUUCGGGAAUCACCGCUGCUGCCGCCAACAUGUCGGUCCCAAGCUCACUCAUGAAACAACCGCCCAUCCAGUCUACGGCUGGGGCCGUCCCGGUUCGCAAUGAGAAAGGUGAGAUUUCAAUGGAGAAAGUGAAGGUGAAACGUUAUGUGUCUGGAAAGAGGCCAGACUAUGCCCCUAUGGAGUCCUCAGAUGAGGAGGAUGAAGAAUUUCAGUUCAUUAAGAAAGCCAAAGAACAAGAAGCAGAGCCUGAGGAACAGGAAGAGGAUUCAUCUAGCGACCCCCGGCUGCGGCGUUUACAGAACCGUAUCAGUGAAGAUGUGGAAGAGAGAUUGGCUCGACAUCGGAAAAUAGUGGAACCUGAAGUAGUAGGAGAAAGUGACUCAGAAGUAGAAGGAGAUGCUUGGCGCAUGGAACGAGAAGAUAGCAGUGAAGAAGAAGAGGAAGAAAUUGAUGAUGAGGACCGGGUGACAGUUCAAGAACGUGAGGCUGAGGCAUUGAAACAGAAGGAGCUGGAGCAGGAAGCAAAACGCAUGGCUGAGGAGAGGCGCAAAUACACGCUUAAGAUUGUAGAAGAGGAGACCAAGAAAGAGCUGGAGGAGAACAAGCGAUCCCUGGCUGCACUGGAUGCACUCAAUACUGAUGAUGAAAAUGAUGAAGAGGAAUAUGAGGCAUGGAAAGUUCGAGAGCUAAAAAGAAUCAAGAGGGACAGAGAAGAUCGAGAAGCACUUGAGAAGGAGAAAGCAGAAAUUGAACGCAUGCGAAACCUGACUGAGGAAGAGAGGAGAGCUGAGCUUCGAGCAAAUGGCAAAGUCAUUACCAACAAAGCUGUUAAGGGCAAAUAUAAGUUCUUACAGAAGUAUUAUCACCGGGGUGCCUUCUUCAUGGAUGAGGAUGAAGAAGUAUACAAGAGAGAUUUCAGCGCACCUACCCUGGAGGAUCAUUUCAACAAGACCAUUCUUCCUAAAGUCAUGCAGGUCAAGAACUUCGGACGCUCUGGUCGGACCAAAUACACCCACCUUGUGGAUCAAGACACUACGUCCUUCGACUCAGCAUGGGGCCAAGAGAGUGCCCAGAACACCAAGUUCUUUAAGCAGAAGGCAGCUGGGGUACGAGAUGUAUUUGAGCGACCAUCUGCCAAGAAGCGGAAAACUACCUAGGGUCCAACUACUUAUUCCUCCAGCUGUGGGACAAAAGAGGAAGUCUCAGCAUCUUUUCCUUGAUUGGCUUUUACCAUUAUUUUUACAUGGCUCCAGUUUUCAGCCUAUUGGACCUACUGCCAUACUUGUGACACUGGGUUCCCCAGUCUUUGGAGGUGCUUUGUGGUUUGGACUCAGACUGAGAAACCCACAGAAAAGCACUAUCCAAGUAGGAUUAGAGGCUUCCCACUUAAAACUAUUUCUGAGAAAUCUUAGGUUUCAUCACUACUGUGGCUUCCCAUAUUUAUUUGGGACUGUUCUGAGCUUGGGUCAGAAAUGUGGGCAUGUAAGUAGCCAAUGCAUUAUUACUUCUACCUUAGGGUUACAAGUAAUAUACCAAGAAAUCUAAGCUCAUUGAAACCUGUUCUGCAUUUUUGGUUGGAGUCCGUUUUUCUAGGUGAACAUUCUUUUUGAUUCAUUAUGUAUGCAAGUCAAGAAAUAAAAGAAUCACACACCAAGAGGA